AUGCAACUCAAUCCAUCGAUCUUGUUCGCGAGCGCGACCCUCUUCCUUGCAGUCCAAGGACUCCGGUGUAACAACAGUCCGGAGGAUGGCGACUGCUACUGGGUGGGAUCCGCGCCCAACUGUGGCAGCACCAAAUUCCAGAUUUACGAGGUGGACCAGUGGGACAUGCUCCUUGAAACGACCGAAGACAUGAAUGAGCGUAAGCUCAUGAAGAAUGGCCGGAUUACCCGCAGCUGUUACAACGCAUAUGGGAACAUGUGUUUUUCUGGGUACAAGCGACUGUGGUGCUCGAAGUAUUAA